AAGUUUCAAUAAGUUUCCAUAAGUUUCCAUAGGUUUCAAUAAGUUUCCAUAGGUUUCCAUAGGUUUCUUUAAGUGGAUCACCAUGCGAGCGGCUUCGGUUUCAGUGCUACUCCUCCUCGUCGUCUGCGUGUCCUGGUUGGGCGACUCGGAGGCGGUUUGCUGCCGGGCCAAGGCGAAACUGAUCUUCACAAUGGGCUACGGAUCCUGCGGCAUGGUGAAUGCCAAGUCCACCAAAAACGGAUGCGAAGUCACCAUUUGCGGCGAUGGAAGGGCACUCGUGGGCACCUUUUGCGGCGUGGGUUCUUGCAACUUAUUUGGCUGCCACUGCCGCGGAGGCUGUCUCUCUGGCAACUUUGGCGAGUCCUUUGUGGAGAGGAAUAGGAAGUAUGAGAUCAACUUGAUAAGCACCCAAAUGCACUUGGCUAAUCUAACAGAUGCAGACGUUUAAUGGAACUAUUUAAUUUGCCAUAUAUGUACCGCAAAUUAUUCAUUGUAUAUGUAUGUUAUCACACCAUAUGCCCAAAUAUUCGCACUUUAAAGAAUUGUUAACUUUGAGUAUAAUAAACAAGUUGAAAACUGCACAAA